AUGCAAGGUCUCAAAAUCAAGAUUACCAAAACUGCAGAGUUAGAACAGCCAACAUCAGCUCAAAUAGUUGCUUCUAUUGAUGAUCUCUUGCUUGAAAUUUUAUUACGCCUACCUAUAACAUCACUUCUUUGCUUCAAAACAGUAUCCAAACAUUGGCUUUCUCUCAUUACUAAUCCAAAAUUUUCUGUCCUCUGUCACCCAAAUCCAAAUCCUGCUUUAGGCCUUUUCUUGCCCUCUACUUCUGUUUUAAAACCCAAGUUUGAUUAUGUCCAUUUUGAUAGCCAAAAUCCAACAAAUCCACCAUUUAAGAAACUCAAAUUUACUAAGGACCCUUUUGGCAUUACUAUUCUCCAAUCAUGCAAUGGACUAUUACUUUGUUGCAGCAACCGAAUUCGUCAGCCUAUAAAUUACUAUGUUUACAAUCCCACUACAAAGCAUUACACAACACUUCCAAAAUCACUUCUUGGAACUGAAAAUUCCAAGAUUCAUGGUUUAAGCUUAGCUUUUGACCCUGCCAAGUCUCCUCACUAUAGAGUAAUUUGCAUUCGCGAUUCAGAGUUAUCUCCUCAGCAUUAUCAGAUUGAAAUUUACUCAUCUGAAACAGGUCCUUGGAGAUUAUCAGGCGGUCCAUUUAUCGCUGAUGUUAAUUUUAGUACAGGGGUUUAUUGGAAUGGAUCAAUUCACUGGAUUAGUACUAAUGGAAACUCGAAUUCUUUAUGUUACAAUAUUGAUCUUGAGAGCUUAGGCGUAAUGCCAAUGCCACAUGUGCCCGAUAACAACAUAUCAUUAACCACUACCUAUUUCGGGGAAUCUUGUGAUCAUUUGCACCUUAUACAAAUUUCUAAUCCACAAAUCCAGUUUGAUGUAUAUGAGAUGAAACGAGACUAUUCGGACUGGUUUGUUAAGUACAAGGUUGAUCUUCAACCUUUUGCUACUGCCUUUCCUAAGAUGACUAAUACAUACCUUGAUCCUUUUGAAAUUGAUUAUUAUAACUUCGUGAUAUUAUCUCUGGUUCGAGGUAGACGAGAAGAGGAUGCAUUUAUGGUACUGGCAAUUCCUGGUGAUUGUAAGGCGAUAAGGUACAAUCUUGUAAGCAAGACUUUUCAGAAGCUAUGUGAUGAUGAGGUUGGAGAUGAACAAGUUUGUUUUCUUAGUGCAGCUGCUGCUUUUGAGUAUAUUCAGUCUUUAUGUUGUGUUUGA